AUGUUGGAAAAAGGUGAUGAAGACGUAAAUGUUGAUGGCAAUGUGGAGGCAAAUGUCUAUGCAAUUGAUGAUGGUGAUGGCAAUGUGGAUGAAAAUGUGGAUGGCAAUGUGGAUGAAAAUGUUGAUGGUAAUGUGGAUAAUGGUCGCGAAGACACAGAAAGGAGGGAUGAAAAUGGCGAUGUUCCACAUGUUGGCAAAGAGAUCCCGUUUAUGGAGGAAUGGGAAGACGGUCUUGGUUUGAAAAUACAACAAGAGUUUGCUAGUAAAAAGGCAGUGCAAGAAGUGGUGGAUAGAGGCGCAUGCACGAAAACAUUUGGGUUUAAUGUGGUGAAAUCAGAUAAGGAGCGGUUAGUGCUAAAAUGCAUUAAGGAAGGAUGUAAAUGGGGACUACGUGCUGCGAAGAUUAAAAAAUCUCAAAUGUUCUCUAUUAGAACGUACAACAAGAUGCAUACAUGCUCGCAUGGGAGUCAGAGUAAUUGCAACUCAAAGAGGAGAGGCUCGCCACAGCUGGUUGCAUCUCUAUUGCGUGAUGAUUAUCCAGGGCAAAUGGAAACUCCUCGGCCUAGCAGUAUCCAGGCUCUUGUGUGGACAAAACUGGGUGUCAAAAUAUCAUACUCCACUGCUUUGCGAGGUAGAAACGAAGCUGUAAACGUUUUGCGUGGGACUCCCGAAGAAAGCUAUCAGAUGUUGUAUUGUUAUUUGUACAUGUUAGAGAAGAUCAAUCAUCAGACAAUCACGAGUGUGAAAUUGGAUGAUUCUGACAGAUUCAAGUACUUGUUCAUAGCACUGGGAGCUAGCAUCGAAGGUUUUAAAGUGAUGAGGAAAGUUGUAACCGUGGAUGCUACUUUUCUGAAAAAUGGAUAUGGUGGUGUACUUGUUUUUGCAACGGCCCAAGAUCCUAAUCGGCACCACUAUCCUUUAGCUUUUGGUGUGCUAGAUGGUGAGAAUAAGGACAGUUGGAGUUGGUUUUUCGAGAUGUUCAAGACUGUUGUGCCAGAUUCAUCGGAGUUAGUGUUUAUGAGUGACAGAAAUGGAAGCCUCAUCAAUGCGAUAGCUAAUGUAUUUCCGAAGGCUCAUCAUGCGCAUUGUAUAUGGCAUUUGGCUCAAAAUGUGAAAGGUCAUGUAAGUAACGUCAACAAAGAAGUUGUGCAAUGGAAAUUUAUGGAGAUUGCUCGGAUUUACACAGUUCCUGAAUUCGAGACUGAAUAUGAUGCUUUCAAGAUUCGAUAUCCAUCAGCUGCCAAGUAUUUGGAGGAGAGCAGUGAGAAAGAAAAGUGGGCGAGGUGUUGGUUUCCGGGAGAAAGAUACAACAUCGACACAAGCAACGUUGUCGAGUCGAUGAACAGCGUUUUCAGGGAUGCGAGGAAGUACUCUUUAAUACCCUUGCUAGAUACGAUCGUUAAAAAAACAGCUGAUUGGUUUAAUGACCAUAGGAAAGAAACCGUUAGAGGAUCCACUGAGCGGAAACUAGUGCCUCUUGUGGAAAACUAUGUGCAUGACGCAUGGUCAGAGGCGAGGAAAUUAAUUGUUUCGGAGAUAAACUCUUUCGACCUGGAAUACAGUGUCGUCGCAUCAGAUGGGAAGCCAUAUUCGGUGAAUUUACGUGGAAAAAGUUGCAGUUGCCGGUUCUUUGAUAUUGAAAAGUAUCCUUGUGUCCACGGACUAGCGGCUUACAUUUUCUACUCUAGCAGUCAUGGUAGUGGCUCUGUUUUCCAGUUAGAAGAUUUGAUCUCUAAAUACUAUUGGACAGAGCUGUGGGCAUUGGCAUAUUACAGGUCUAUUUAUGUGGUUCCUGAUAGGAGUCAAUGGGAUGUCCCAGAUUACAUCAAAGAAAUGAAGAUCAUAGCUCCAAAGCGCGUUGAGAAGAGGGGUAGAAAGAGAGUGAAAAGGUUUCCAUCUGCUGGUGAACGGCGGCCAAGGACGCAAAAUAAAAGGCGUCCAAGACAAAGCCUGCAGUGGUUGCUGUUUGGAAAUCGAAAUGUAUGA